UCAUCAGCGGGAAACCAAAAUGGCGAGCGUGCUCGGAGAAAAUCAACCGUUUGUGAUUUUCUGAAGAAGCUUCUCGCGUUUCAAGUUAGCGCGGUCUGCUUUUGAAAGUAGACGGUAAACGGACGAGGCGGAAUUGUGCAGCUACGUGUAUCAUUGAAUUUUAAUUUCACUGGCGCUCGGGAGACGCGGAGUUGCCCGAAUGAGAGACUCGGGUGUCGUGGGCCGCUUGUCUGUCCAUCAGAGGGCUCUCCCUCAGAGGCAAGUGGUCUCGCUGUCACCAUCCAGACUGUCCCGGGUCGAUUAUGGAGAGGAAGAUGAUGGGUCCGAGAGGUUCACCGAAGGACAGGAUGUCUUGGCUCGCUGGUCAGAUGGGCUCUUCUACCUGGGGACAAUCACAAAGAUAGACUGUGACAAACAGCGAUGCUUCGUGGUGUUUGAAGAUCGGUCAAAGUCCUGGGUGCUCUGGAGUGACAUUCAGACCGGAGACGAAGAUGAUGAUGAGGAUGACGAUGACGACAUUGUAUGCUCCAUAUGUCAGGACGAAACCUCAGAGGAACCAAAUGAGAUUGUUAUAUGUGACAAAUGUGGACAAGGCUACCACCAGAUCUGCCACUCACCCAUCAUUGACGCAACAGUCAUCGACUCCGAUGACAAGUGGCUCUGCUCCGAGUGUGAAAUCCCUGCUCCACCUGAGAGGGCGCACUUGCACAUAAAAGAUGAAGAACAUGAACGCUUCCUGCCUCUUGAGCAUCAGCAGCAGAAUAUGGAGCUGCAUUUGUCCCUGCCCUACUCCCUGGAGGGCCUGGUGUGGGACCAAGGUCACAAGACGAAUACUCAGCGCCGCUACUGCUACUGUGGUGGUCCAGGAGAAUGGUAUCUGAAGAUGCUGCAGUGUAACAGGUGUGAGCAGUGGUUCCAUGAGGGCUGUCUUCAGUGUCUAACCAAGCCAAUGCUCUAUGGAGACAGGUUUUAUUAUUUUAUUUGUUCCGUUUGCAACGGUGGACCUGAGUACAUCAGGCGACUUCCUCUCAGAUGGGAGGAUGUUACCCACCUCAGCUUGUACAACCUGAGUGUCAUCCACAAGAAGAAGUAUUUUGACUCUGAAAUGGACUUGAUGUCAUACAUCAACAACAACUGGGAACUGCUGCAGCUGGGAGAACUGGCAAAAACCCCUCGGUCGGAGCGAUACGAGAACAUCCUGGAUGCCUUGAAUAACAACAGCAGCAUGUUCAUGUCAGGGAAGGAGGUGAAGAAAAAAAAGCACUUGUUUGGCUUGAGGAUUCGUUUUCCUCCAGCGCCCCCAAGUUCAGAUGAAGCAUCCAACAGAGUGUUAGAGCGAGCAUCCCAUGAGAUCACUAUCAAAGGCUGCAAGUCCAGCAAAGCUCUCAGUGGCAUCAGACCGUUGACAAACGGAGUUGGAAAGAAAUCAAAGAAAAAAAAGCGGAAACAAAGAAAGCGCUCUUUUGCAACUCUGGUGAAGUCGGAGCGCUCUGGCGAACUUCUGUCCCAGGAGCUACGAAGGUCAUCACACAUGGAGUCACGUUCGAUGGAUCACUACCCCUCCAUCAAGAGCGACAGGUCCAUGAUGUUAUCGCAAACCUCAGAUGUGGAAUCGAUAGGAGCCUUGAGCACCACUGAAACUACCUCAACUAGCAUUUCAAGACAGUCCAGCCUCUGUAGCUCUAGCAAGACCCGUUCGUCAGCCAACAUCAUGCCUGCUUCGCCCCCUCCAAUCAAACGAAAGCGUGGACGUCCACGAAGGGUCGUACAAGCUCCCAACCCUCGGAACCCCCCUCCUCCCAUCCAGGCAGAGCCAAGCCCCACAACAACAGAGAUGAUGACCAAUCUUCCAGGGCUGCACUCCAUGGACAUAGUUCACAGCAUGAACCCCAAUAGCCAGCUGUCCCACCUCAAGAGCUCCAUCAGCAGCUACUUUGGUGCUGCUGGUCGACUGGCCUGUGGAGAGAAGUACAAGGUUCUGGCGCGCCGGGUCACCUUGGAUGGUAAGGUGCAGUAUUUGGUGGAGUGGGAAGGAGUCACUGCCUCGUAGACUUUGUCACCCUUGCCUGCUGGUCUCUUAAGUUUAGACUGGAGAAGUGAAGAGCAGAGCAAGCCCCCGUCUCUUCUUCUUGAGUUAACCUACACUGAUCGAGUGAAACGGUCAUCCAACCAGCAUUUUGGAGUUUUACCUUUCACUAACUUCACAUAUGCUUCUUACUGAUCGGUGCUCUGCACUUGUAAGCUUUCUGUGAACUUUUUUUUUGUCCUCUAAUGGAUUUGUUUUAUCUUUUUAUAUCAGUGAAAGAAGGUUUUGCGGUUUCUAAGUUGUCAAAAGUGUCACAUUUCCAAAAUGCUGCAUCUAUUCAGUCAGAGUUCAAUAUUCAUUUUUUACUUUUGACACACAGUGGGGAAAGUUGGGUUCCCAUUGUCCAGCCAAACUUUUAGGUCGUGAAAAUUGAGUUUGGAGAAAUCAAAUGCUGCUGCAAAUGUGUAUUAUUUUCUAUAUAAUUAUUAUCCUUCAUGUAUUUUUUGACUAUAUUUACCUGUGCUUGCUCAAGUCUUUCUUCAUUGUGUCAUAUAGAUUCAUUUGGUUUUCUUCUAAUCAUAGAGAGCAUGUACAUUUAUUUCUGCCUUCUCAGUGAAAUGGCAUAAGCUGCAUAUACAGUAUUGUGUAUCAAUUAUCCAAAACCCCCUACAGUUCUUUAAGAAUAGCUUCCUGUUCCAUUUUGCUGCAUUGUGGUAUUUGGACAACACUGAUGAAACUUGCUUGAGCCAGUCAUGAAAAUGUGCUCAGUAUUUAUUUUUAUAUAAAUUUGAAUUUAUUUUUCUCAUCCAUUUGUUAAACCUGCUCUCCACAGCCAACUCUUCGAUGGCCAUUUAUAUUAAAAUAUGAUAUUGUGAUGGAGAUGUUAUAAAACAGUCAUUUCACCUUUUGUGUUUUUAAAUUAUGUUGGAAUGUAGUGAUCAGAGAUGCCUUUAAAUGUAGUCCUGUCUGCUUUUUGUCUAACCCACCAGUGUGAACACUGUCAUGGCCAAAGACCUCUUUUGAUCAUAGAAGGGGACAGUUCUAUCCAUCAAUACGUGUUAUUUCUCAACUGGUUUUGUUUGAGGACGAAUUAUUGUAACAUUUGCUGCUGAUGUCUAUCACAGUUCAUUUAUGCUUCACAUGAGAGCUGAGUUCUUUCCUGUCAGAUAUAUUUUCCUCUUAAAUGUUUAAAAAACAAUAAAA